AUGUCACAAAACGAAGUAGAACCGGAAUUUUUACAACCUUUAGAAAAUUUAACAGUGACUCAGGGACGAGACGUUGUUUUUACAUGCGUCGUAAAUCAUUUAGGACAGUAUAAGGUUGCUUGGAUAAAAUCAGAUUCUAAGGCAAUAUUGGCAAUUCAUACACAUUUAGUAGCACAUAAUUUAAGGCUCGGAGUAACUCAUAACGGUCACAAUACAUGGAAAUUACACAUUUCAAACGUACAAAAAAAUGAUUCUGGUACAUAUAUGUGUCAAAUAAAUACGGAUCCGAUGAGGAGUCAGAUGGGUCAUUUAGAAAUAGUCGUACCUCCAGAUAUAUUAAGCGAUGAGUCUUCCGAUGGUGGAAUCGCAUUAGAAGGCGGGUCUAUACGUCUUCGUUGUAAAGCCACAGGUGUUCCAGAGCCUAUUGUUCAAUGGAGAAGAGAAGAUUCUAAAAAUAUUGUUUUACGACACGAAAGCGCUGAAAGGAUUAUUAAAGGGGAUGUUUUAACAUUGACAAAUGUUCAGAGAUCAGAUAUAGGAAUUUAUUUAUGUAUAGCAUCCAAUGGUGUACCACCAUCAGUUAGUAAAAGAUUUAUGGUUCAAGUUCAUUUUCAACCAUCCAUUCAAGUAACAAAUCAAUUGGUAGCUGCUCCUGUUGGUAGUGACGUAAUACUUCAAUGCUACGUAGAAGCUUCACCUAAAGCCAUGAAUUCGUGGUACAAAGAAAAAGGUGAAAAAUUAUUAGACGGUUCGAAAUAUUCAUUAACGGAACAACAAUUAUCGGAUUAUGGUCUCAUGAUGAAUUUAACAAUAAAAUCAAUUGAAAAAAAAGAUCUCGGAGCUUAUUUAUGUUCAUCAUCGAAUGCAUUAGGUACAGCAAACGGAGCCGUUAGAUUGCAAGAAAUUUACAUGCCACCGAAAACGACGUCAUCGCCGAAAUUAAAUAACAACAUAUAUUAUCAUCAUAAAGCGACACAUUCGCCUAAAAAAACUAAAAACAAAUCGAGAAAAGAUGAACAAUCAAUGAUGACGAGUAUGACAACAAGUACAACAACAAACGAACCUAAAAUAUAUCAGACAAUAAAUCCUAGCAUAAGCAGGCCACCUUUUUGGGUGAUCGAACAACAACAACAUGAUGAAGAAUCAACAAACGGUCGUUUAUUGUUAAAUUAA